GCAAAAUCAAAAAAGAAAAACGGAAAAGAACCAACAUUAGUGGAGGACCAUUUUAUUUUGUUUUAAUUACUUUUUCCUCAAAUUUUCCUAAUAACAAUGAGUCCUCCAAAUGAAAAAAGUGCUAUCAACAUCAAAUGAUACCAUAUAACUAAACAACAAAACACCGACUAACAAACACACCUUUGUAUGCCUCCUACAUAACAACUCUCCCACCUACUCAAUCAUCACUUCUCAGUAGCAAUUUUUUCACUUGGCAUUCUGAAAUUGAAUCGGAAUUCAGAAUUCUUUUUUGGGAGGGAAGAAAUGAAGACUGUUUGUGUUACCGGUGGUUCAGGCUACAUAGCGUCAUGGCUGGUGAAAUUGUUGCUCCAGCGUGGUUAUACUGUGAAAGCCUCCGUUCGUGACCUCAAGGACCCCAAGAAGGUAGAACACUUGCUUGCACUUGAUGGAGCUAAGGACAGACUCCAGCUGUUUAAAGCAAAUCUACUCGAAGAAGGUUCCUUUGAUGCAGCAGUUGAGGGUUGUGAUGGUGUCUUCCACACAGCAUCUCCUUUCUACCAUGCUACUGUGGAUCCUGAGGCUGAAUUGAUCGACCCUGCUUUGAAAGGGACGCUUAAUGUUCUAGGAUCAUGUGCAAAAUCACCUUCAGUUAAAAGGGUGGUUCUGACAUCCUCAAUAGCUGCAGUAGCUUAUAAUGGCCGGCCUCGUACCCCUGAUGUGAUAGUUGAUGAGACCUGGUGGUCCUCUCCAGAUCACUGCAGAGAAAAUAAGAUGUGGUAUGUGCUUUCCAAGACUUUAGCUGAGGAUGCUGCAUGGAAGUUUGUAAAAGAGAAAGGCAUAGACUUGGUUGCUAUAAAUCCUGCUAUGGUUAUUGGUCCUCUGUUACAGCCAACACUUAACACAAGUUCUGCUGCUGUAUUAAACUUGGUGAAUGGUGCAGAAACAUAUCCCAAUACAACAUUUGGCUGGGUUGAUGUUAGAGAUGUUGCAACUGCUCAUAUUCUAGCUUUUGAAAAACCAGAGGCUAAUGGAAGAUACUGCCUGGUUGACAGCGUGGCUCACCAGUCAAGAGUUGUGAAGAUACUGCGCGAACUUUAUCCUUCCAUUAAACUACCAGAAAAGUGUGCUGAUGACAAGCCAUUUGUGCCGGAAUACCAGGUAUCCAAGGAAAAGGCGAAAAGCUUAGGCCUCGAGUUCACUCCUCUGAAACAAAGCCUUAAGGAUACAGUUGAAAGCCUCAGGGAGAAGAACUUUUUGAGUGCUUCCUCUUCAUUGUGAAGUGGGAAAAAAAGGACCUAUUUGGUGUUACUGCCAUUGUCUCAUGUUGCACAAACUUCUUUAUUACUGAAACCCUUCUCAAUUUAGGUUGGCAUAAAUAAAUGUACUUUACCACCGAUGUGGUCAUUGAAGCCUCAUCUCCCUGGACCUGGAUAAUAUAUGUCAUAUUUUCUUUCUUUUCCGAAGGCAAGAUAAAUAGGUAGCAACUUGCAAGUUAUGGCGAAUGAGAUAUUGGUUCAAUGGUAAAAUCACCCUUGUUCUCAAGAGGAGAUUAUGAGUUUAAAGCCCUAUUCCAACAAGAAUGAGGGAUGGUUCUAAUUUUGCCGGCAUUUCUAGAGGGCUUGUUAUGACAAACCUAUUCAUAAAUACUCAAUUUUGCACCCGAGCUUGUCACCCCGAACUUGCUUAAGGUGGUUUAUUUUCCACUGUGGUUUGCAGGCUAUUGCAAUGGGCGUGGAUUUACUCAUUUCUGGUGGGGUUUUUGGUGUCACCUAAAAAAACUUACAAG